AUGCAACCCGGAUAUCAAAUACAUUUUCACGGCUUCUGCGAUGCUAGUGUCAAGGCAAUGGCUGCAGCACUCUAUUUGGCAACAAACCACAAUGGCAAUAUCACUAGUCACAUUAUCGCAUCAAAAACUAAAGUGGCACCAUUACAUUCGGUAAUAGGUCAACCCGCAUUACAGACACACUACACUUCUGGCGAUGAAUUGGUCGUCAUAGAUCUGUUGGACCGGUUCAGUCAUCUUGGCAAGCUAUUGCGCACUACUGCAUACAUAUUGCGUUGCAAAAAGGCACAUCAGCGUUUUCGUUCACAUACACACAUCUGUACAGGCGAAAUGGACAUUGCUUUAAAUCACCACAUCAAGGCAGAGCAAGCGAAAUAUUUCGCAGCGGAAGUCAAGCAGCUGAAAAAGGCGCAGCCCAUAUCCACAUCCAGCAAGCUCAUUGCACUGAGUCCGUUCAUCAGCUCCACAGCGGACAAUAUAUUGCGAGUAGGCGGACGCCUACAUAAUGCGAGGGUGACAGAGCCACAACGUCAUCCAAUCAUUCUUCCUAAGGAUAGCACAUUGGCCAGGCUUUUAAUAUGGCAGGUGCAUCAGGACACACUUCAUGACGGUAUACAAAUUAUGCUUCAUACUAUUCGACACAAAUAUUGGAUUCUACAGGCACGCAUUUUAGUCAAGCAAUGCAUACACUCAUGCGCGAUUUGCAGGCGGCAUAAACACAUAAUGCUAAAACAGCGUAUGGCGACAUUACCAAAGGCUCGGGUCAUCCCAUCUCCACCAUUUGCAAGAUCUGGCUUAGACUAUUGCGGUCCAUUCAACAUACGAAUUGGCUCCAUGGCUAAACGAAACGUGCGGAAGGCUUACGUGGCAAUCUUUGUGUGCAUGGUAACCAAGGCAGUGCACAUCGAACUGGCUGAAAACCUCACUUCUGAGGCAUUCAUAAAUGCAUACACCCGUUUCGUAAAUCGGCGUGGUCCAUGUAACCAUUUAUACAGUGACAAUGGCACUACAUUCAUUGGCGCAGAUCGCUUAAUGGCUGCUGACUUACAGGCUUGGCAUAAUGAAUAUUCUCAACAGCAAUUGGCAAAUUGA